AAAACUACCAGCGGUUUAUACAGUGACAUAUUAACCGGGUUAUAACGUUUUAAUAUAAUGAAAGGUACUUAAGCAUAUCAAGAUAUUUAUUCUUCAUCGAGUGUUAGUGUUAGUACGCUUAAACAAUUUCUUUUAGAGUAAAAUAUUUUGAAAGUUGUGGUGGGAUUAUAUUUUUGUGUAUUAGUGGCAUAAGCAAAGAAAGGAUGGAAUAUCAAUGAUUUCAACUAAGUCUCAGUACUAGAUUUCUUUAAAUCAACACACACCCAUUGGAGUAAUGUAGCUCUUUAGAUCUACACAACGCUAUGCAUCUAUAAGAGAAUCCACAUUUAUUCACCACAAUGAAUUCUAACGUUAUCCUAAAUUUGACCAGUGUUAAUAUGACCCAAAGUGACGUGUCUAUAAGCGGUAGUUUAGUGAACACGUCGAAUGCCACAGAUGAUUAUAUUCCUUACUCUGAAAGACCAGAAACGUACUUUGUGCCAGUUCUAUUUUUCCUAAUUUUUGUGGUCGGCUGUUUGGGAAACGGAACUCUAGUUAUCAUAUUUUUAAAGAACCGGACAAUGAGGAAUGUACCAAACACAUACAUCUUCUCGCUGGCUCUGGCCGACCUCCUGGUCAUCAUUACCAGCGUCCCGUUCACAUCCAUCAUCUACACGGUGGAGUCCUACCCUUGGGGCGCUCUUAUCUGCAAAAUAUCCGAAACCGCCAAGGAUAUCUCCAUCGGAGUGUCCGUUUUUACCCUGACCGCCCUAUCGGCCGAUCGAUUUUUCGCCAUCGUGGAUCCCCUCAAGAAAUUCCACACCAGCAGUGGAGGCAGAAGGGCAACGCGCAUCACCAUCUGCACAGCUGUUGGCAUAUGGGUGUUAGCAUUUAUCUGCGCUAUACCUGCAUUAAUCGGAUCGCACAUCAAAGAGAUCAGAGAUGACGAUGACGUGCUGCGCUUUGAAGUAUGUUAUCCUUUUCCCGAAGAAUGGCUCGACUAUCAGUAUCCCAAAGUGAUGGUCAUGGCCAGAUUCCUGGUGCUCUAUAUUAUACCACUGACCAUUAUUUUUGGGUUCUACCUAAGCAUGGCCAUUUCCUUAAUCACCAGUACUAGAAACGUACCUGGCGAACUGCAAGGAAUGCACAGACAGAUCAGAGCCAGAAAAAAAGUAGCAGUCACUGUUCUAGUCUUCGUAGCAGUAUUUGCAAUAUGUUUUGCACCAUUCCACGCCUUUAUGCUAUUCUUCUACUUCAACGACCAGUCUCAAGAGCUCUACAGUCCCUUCUGGCACUAUUUCAGAAUUUUUGGAUUCUGUUUGUGCUACAUCAACUCCUGCGCCAAUCCAGUGGCUCUCUACUUCGUUAGUGGAGCUUUUCGAAAGCAUUUUAACAGAUACCUUCUGUGCAAGAAACAGAAGAGAUCAAGAUGCAACACGUGCACAGGUCAACACGGUACAUCCAUGUCGAUGCUUUCCACCAAACGUCAAUCUAUUAACAGAAAAUCAACUAUAUCCAUCAAUCGCAGAAAUUUAUCAGCAAAUGCCCAGGAAACUUCAGUAACUCUACUAGGCAACGGCCAUGGAGAUCUUCAAGUUAACAAUAAGGUGAUAUAAUACAAUUUUGUUUAUUAGAAUGGCUUUGAGCUCUCAAAAAUGUUAACACUGUGAUUUACUUACGUCUAUAUAGUUUAAAAAUAUGUUCCAAAGAUUUAUUUUAAUCUCAAUUGCAAUAAUUAAUAAAAUUCUUUAAACAUAUAAAUUGAUAUAUUUAUAAAAAAAAGGCUGAAUCAUA